AUGGAUAACAUACCAUGGAUAGAGAAGUACAGGCCAAAAAGGUAUACAGACUUGGUUUUUAGUGAUGAUGUGCACCACAAAGCAUUGGAGUGGAUUAGGGAAUAUCCGAAGCAUGGAAGGAUGCUUUUAUUGUGUGGACCUUCUGGGACAGGCAAGACAUCUCUUGCUUAUGUGCUUGCAAAUAUUUUUGGACUGAAUAUUGUUGAAUUGAAUGCAGGAACAAAUAUGGAAUGGAUUGACAAGGCGUUGGGAAUGAGUGGAACGAUCAAUGGCAAGAAGAAUCUUAUUUUAGUAGAGGAUGCGGAUUCUAAUGUUGCUGAGGGUUUAAAAAAGCUUGUUUCGAUGGUGAGUGCUUCGCAUCCAAUAAUUGUGAUAUCUAAUGAUGUGUGCCUGAAAGGGGUUUACACAGUGAAUGUAAAGAGACCUGGGAUUGAUGAGGUUAAGAAGGCGAUUGAGAAGGUUUGUGUUGGAGAAGGUAUUCUGAUUGAUCAUUGUGUUUUUGAAAUGAUUAUGGAAGACAUUGGAGCAGAUUUGCGAGCAAUAAUAAACCAUUUACAGGUAUGCGGAGUGAAGAGAUUGGGAAAGACAAGCUAUAUGAGCAUUAAGAAGAGGAUGUGCUUGCAUCCGUAUAAGAUUGCACAGAUUGUGUUAUCUGGAAGAUUGAGAUGGCAAGAUCAUGAAGAGAGUUAUUCUGAAUGCUUGAUGGGAGUGUGCCACAGCUCGUAUCCGUAUAACACAAGUGUUCUUGGCGUAAUUGCAGAUAUUUGUGAUGAUUUGUCUGCUAUAGAUGUCCUUCAUGAGAGUUUAAGACAUAUAUGUAUACCUGGAUAUGCAAGAUGCAGCAAUAGGAAUGUAGAGAUAGUAAAGUCUGAAUGGUGCAAAGACCCCAAACCGAGCGUUAUUGAUGAGAUGGUUAUUCCGUAUCUUAGCAGAUAUGAAUCAAACAACCUAAGUGGUAGAAGGAUGCUGCACAUCAAAGCAAUAGCAAAGAUGUACGAUGUAAAGGACCUGAAUAUUAGAGAUGAUGAAGUAAUUGAAGUGAAUAAAAGCGAGCAGAAUGGAAAGUUUAGAUUCCGUUACAAAAGCGGAAGCUCAUCUGCUGUAAAACGAGACAUCAGCGUGCGUGAGCUAAUGGAAUGCUAA